AUGGAAGAGGGGGUCACGUAUGCUGAUCUGCGCUUGCCCCCCGCACCAGCUCCUCAGCAGCCGCUGCGGCUGCCCUGGUGCUGGGCAGCCAUCAGCCUGGCUCUCCUCUCCCUGCUGCUCCUGCUGGCACAAAUCAUCCUCGCUGGCUUGAGCUUCCACUAUUUAGGACAACAGGAGAGCUGCACCCAUGGUCCAUGGAGCAUGGAGGAGAGCCCCAGCUAUGGGCAACAGACACUGCAAGGGAGAUGCCAGUUCUGCCCGGCCGGCUGGGUCUGGGAUGCAGGGCGGUGCUACUACUUCUCCUCUGCCAAAAAGAGCUGGGAGCAGAGCAGAGAGGACUGCUGCUCCAAAGGGGCACAGCUAGUCAUCAUCCGAGCCAACACCACCCUGGCUUUCCUGAUGCGCACAGCCAACAUGAAGGUGUUCCACGUGGGACUGAAGAGGGAUGGCUCCAGGUCUGACUGGAAGUGGCUGGAUGGCACCGCACUGAAGGGGCUCUUCCGAAUCCAGCGCUCCACCAGCUCCUUCCUGGCCUGCGGCAGAGUGUCAGGCCUGGGGCUGUCAGGCGGUCUGUGCGGGGAAGCCCUCGGCUGGGUCUGCGAGCAGAGCGCAGCCACCCUGCAGUGGCUCCGGACCUCACCCCCCGCCUUCCUCUGGGGAAACACCACCUACACCUGUGUGGGGCCGUGA